CGGGGAAGAGAAGGAGCUGCGCGGCGCGUGCGUGGUGCGUGUGGCUGGGGAAUUCAUGUGGAGGUCAGAGUGGAAGCAGGUGUGAGUGGGUCAAGCAGGAGGAGACAUGGCUGCCAAGGUGUUUGAGUCCAUCGGCAAGUUCGGCCUGGCCUUGGCCGUCGCGGGAGGAGUGGUGAACUCUGCCUUGUAUAACGUGGAUGCCGGGCACCGAGCUGUCAUCUUUGACCGGUUCCGUGGGGUGCAGGAUGUCGUGGUAGGAGAAGGGACGCACUUUCUCAUCCCCUGGGUACAGAAACCCAUCAUCUUCGAUUGCCGCUCUCGGCCACGCAACGUGCCCGUCAUCACCGGUAGCAAAGAUCUACAGAAUGUCAACAUCACCCUGCGCAUCCUCUUCCGGCCGGUCGCCAGCCAGCUUCCCCGCAUCUUCACCAGCAUCGGGGAGGACUAUGACGAGCGGGUGCUCCCGUCCAUCACGACGGAGAUCCUCAAGUCCGUGGUGGCUCGCUUUGAUGCUGGAGAGCUGAUCACGCAGAGAGAGCUGGUCUCCAGACAGGUGAGCGAUGACCUCACCGAGCGAGCGGCCACCUUCGGGCUCAUCCUGGAUGACGUGUCCUUGACGCAUCUGACCUUCGGGAAGGAGUUCACAGAGGCGGUGGAAGCCAAGCAGGUGGCUCAGCAGGAAGCAGAGAGGGCCAGAUUUGUGGUGGAGAAGGCCGAGCAGCAGAAGAAGGCGGCCAUCAUCUCCGCCGAGGGCGACUCCAAGGCAGCCGAGCUGAUCGCCGACUCGCUCGCCACUGCGGGCGACGGCCUCAUUGAGCUGCGCAAGCUGGAGGCCGCGGAGGACAUCGCCUACCAGCUGUCGCGCUCCCGGAACAUCACGUACCUGCCGGCCGGCCAGUCGGUGCUCCUGCAGCUGCCCCAGUGAGGCCGCCUCGGGCCCAGCCCCGCUGUCCUUCUGCCCCUGCCCCAGAAAUCACUGUGAAAUUUCAUGAUUGGCUUAAAGUGAAGGAAAUAAAAUGGAAUCACUUCAGAUCUCUCAUAACCAGACGAAGCUUUUUCCUUCUUCCCAUUUCCGCCCACUUUUUCAACCACCUCCCCCCACCCCAAAUUGUCAAGUGCCUAUGCAGCCCAGGGCACCAGAGAUUUGGCAGAAGAAAGGGGCAGGGGUGCACAGUGGUCGGCCUGGAGACAUGUGGAGCCUCCAGCCUGCCCCUCAUUCAAGAUGUGGGGGCAAUGGCACACGCGGCUGGACCGAGAGCACAGGUGUCUGUUUUCCGGCAGUUUCUGCACCGACCCAGCCGGAGAGGUGCGGGGCAGGGUCAGCGAGGAAGUCCUCUGUCUCUUCUAAGAAUGAGUCUCCUGAACUGCAGGGCUGGCGGAAGCAGGUGUGAGCAGCGGGGCACGGAUCGAAGAAUCUGCCGCUCUGACGGUGGGUGGGCCUGAUUCGCAGCCCCCCAGCCCCCCAGGGCCCUGCAGCUGGGAUGGGCUUGGACAGUGAGUGAGCGGACUUCCCGUCCACCCCCACCCCGGUGUCUCAGAACCCCCGAUGGAGAGUCCAGCCGGGGCUGAACGAGCCUGCCAAGGACAUGCGUCCCGUGCUUUCGGCCCCCUCGUUCACAGACUGCCCUUCCAGACGGCUCCAGGCCUGCGCUUUGAAGGAGGCGACCUUGGGAAGAAAGCAAACGCGUGUCAACUGCUGUCAAUAAACGACACCCAGGCCACCCGG